UUAUACUCCGCAGACACCUACCUCUGCUGUCCUCCAUCUUACUGCGCGACCUUUUUCCCGGACGAGGAUCGACAAAGCUACAUUCCCUGGACCACUUCAGCCAUAGAUCUACAUCGGCCGUCCCGACCUCGGCUUCGAUCAGCGCACGACAACAACACCACCACAUCCAUACACACCUACACACCUACACACGACCACACAACCAUGUCCUACUACCCUGGACAGCAGUAUCAGCAGAACUACGGCGCCCCGCCUCAACAGCAGAACUAUGGCCCGCCGCAGGGCUACCCUCCGCCGCAGAACUAUGGCGCUCCACCUCCACAACAGUACGGAUAUCAACCUCCGCCGUCGCCGCAGCCGCCAUACAACCCCGGAUACGGACAGACUCCGCCGCCGCAGCAGUAUGGGUACCAUCAGACCCCGCCACCUCAGCAGUAUGGCUACGGAGGUCCGCCACCAAACCAAGGACCGUCUCCCGUGCCUCCGCAGCAGUAUCCUCGACCCGGCAUGAUGCCCACAGCCAACAGUAACCAGUGGACACACGGCAACCACAGCGCGCCGCCACCUCCGCCCACGGCUCCGCAGAACUUCGGUCACGGCGCGCCUCAAGGCUACUCGUUCCAGUACUCGGCAUGCAAUGGCCGUCGGAAAGCGCUCCUCAUUGGUAUUAACUACUUCGGCCAGCGGGGCCAGCUCCGCGGCUGCAUCAACGAUGUCAAGAACAUGAGCACGUAUUUGAACAGCCACUUUGGGUAUAAGCGCGAGGAUAUGGUGACUUUGACCGACGACCAGCACAAUCCGCUGAGCCAGCCGACGAAGGCGAAUAUUCUGAGGGCGAUGCAUUGGCUGGUGAAGGAUGCGCGACCGAACGAUUCGCUGUUCUUCCACUAUUCAGGACAUGGCGGCCAAACGAAAGAUCUCGACGGCGACGAAGACGACGGCUACGACGAGGUCAUCUACCCCGUUGACUUCCGCACCGCAGGCCACAUUGUCGACGACGAAAUGCACCGCAUCCUCGUGUCGCCCCUCCAACCGGGUGUUCGACUAACUGCCAUCUUCGAUUCCUGCCACUCUGGAUCCGCGCUCGAUCUCCCAUACAUCUACUCUACACAAGGUGUGCUCAAGGAGCCGAAUCUGGCGAAGGAGGCUGGUCAAGGCUUGUUGGGUAUUGUUUCGAGCUACGCGCGCAAGGAUAUCGGUGGCAUGAUUUCAACUGCGAGCGGAUUGUUCAAGAAGGUGACGCAGGGCGACGAAGUGUACAAGAAGAAUCUGCGGACGAAGACCAGCCCCGCAGACGUUAUCAUGUGGAGUGGAUCGAAGGAUACGCAGACCUCAGCCGACGCUUCCAUCCAGGGUGAGGCAACGGGAGCCAUGUCCUGGGCUUUCAUCAAUGCCCUGAAGAAGAACCCGAACCAGAGCUACGUCCAGCUCCUGAACAGCAUCCGUGAUGAGCUGGAGGGCAAGUACAGCCAGAAGCCACAGCUGAGCUGCAGCCACCCUUUGAGUAAGCCAUUCCUCUCGGUCCUCGGCGAAUAAUGCCAAAGCGAAUGCUAAUAU